AUGAAAGAUCUACGCGUUAUUGUUGUCGGCGCCGGCAUAGGCGGCCUUUCUUCGGCGUUGGCUCUCUCCACGGACGGCCACGAAGUCAUUGUGCUGGAAGGAGUCAAGGAAUUUCUCGAGGUUGGUGCCGGGAUCCGAGUCCCUCCAAACUCGUCACGCUUGAGCCGGAGCUGGGGCGUCGAUUUUGGCAAAAUCAAGAAGGAGACGGCUGGUGGUAUUCGCUUCUUGGACUGGACCGGCAAAGUGAUCAAGGAUGUACCGUACGACGACGUCGAGGCCAAGUAUGGCGCGCCAUACUAUUUCAUCCAUCGAGCCGACCUGAUCAACCUGCUCGUCGAUACGGCGUCUCAGCGGAAGAACAUCACCUUGAGAAUGGACAGCCGAGUCAAAGACUACGACUUUGAGGCUCCUGCGGUGAUAUUGGCCUCGGGCGAGAGGCUCACAGCAGAUCUGAUUAUCUGUGCCGACGGCAUCAAGUCUGCCGUCAGGAAUACCAUCAAUGGAGCGCCCAUCGAGCCUCAAGACACCGGCGAUGUCGCAUACCGAGUGUUGGUACCGGCCGAACCGCUGAAAAACGAUCCGGAAACGCGCCAUCUGUUCGAUGACGCUUGGGCCAUGCAUUGGCUAGGGCCCGAAGCGCAUGCAGUUGGCUACCCCUUGCGGGGCGGAGAGCUCUACAACAUCAUCAUCGACAUCACCCACGCGACGGAUGUGGGCAAGCCCAUCGGCGACGAGGAAUGGCGGUCCCAGGCCGACAAUUCCGAGCUGGUGAAACGCUUCGCCGACUGGUGCGCUCCUGUACGCAAGCUCUGCGGCCUCACGGGGUCGUACCUCAAAUGGAAACUCGCCGACUUUGACCACUUGCAACGAUGGGUGCACCCGAGCGGCAAAGUCGCCAUCCUCGGCGACGCCUGCCACCCAAUGAUGCCUUACAUGGCACAGGGCGCGGCGCAAGCGACGGAAGACGCGGCGACGUUGCAAGCUGCUCUUCGCGAGUACGACGACCUCCAUGAAGCGUUGAAGGCGUACGAAAAGCAACGCUUGCCCCGGGCCACGCACGUCGCCAAGAACACACGCAUCCUCCAGUCGUGGUGGCACCUUUACGACGGGCCCGAAAGGGACAGGCGGGACGAACUGCUGCAACACGACAACCUCGACAAUCCCAUGUUCUGGGCCAACUCGGCGAGGAAGGACUGGCUGUUCGGACACGACGCCAUGAAACUCCAGACCGAAGACGAACUGAAGCCGCCGCCGUUGGCUUCGCCGCCUGCCAAGGGCGCCAGCGUGUACAAUGGCCAGUUCGCCGACACGGAGCUUCGAAGGAAAUUUCGAGCCAUGCGCGAGCGCAGUUAG